AAAACUUACAUGUGUCAACAAACAACAACUCCUUUUAACCUAUUUCUAAUUACCUGUUCGUCCCCAUUUAUGACCCUAUAAACAUCAAUUGAAGUCCACACGCGCCAAGUUUGAUCUUUUUUGCUAACCAAAAAAAAAAAAAAAAUCAAUUUACAGAAAACUAAAUCGUUUUCAUUAGAGUUUGAAGAGUUUUAAUUCUGUUGCGGCGGUUUUGUUUUUUGUUAUGGUUAUUGUCUGAAAAAAAAGAAAGAUGGUAGCUGAAGCUGAGGUUGUUUGUCAACAGAACGUGCCGGUGUUGGAGGUUCCGUUUUUUGGUAAAGGAAGUAAUAUCGAGGAUGUUGAUGAAAUUGUUGCGAUUUCCUCACCGGUUUCUUCAUCUAAGUUUGGACAAGUUAAUGUUGCUCAGUCGGUUUCCGCCGAUUUAUCCACCUCUCAACUGGAUGUGAAAUCUCUAGAAAAAGUCCCAGAUCCAAGGAUUGAAUCUACCGUCCUGCAAUUUGAACCGAGCAUCCGUUCAGGUAGUUUUGCUGACAUUGGACCUAGGAGAUACAUGGAAGAUGAACAUAUUAGAAUAGAUGAUCUAUCAUCAAAUUUGGGAUCCCAUUUCAAAUUUCCUAAACCUAGUGCUUUCUUUGGGGUGUUUGAUGGUCAUGGAGGUCCUGAAGCAGCAGCAUAUACAAGGAAAAAUGCACUUAGAUUCUUUUUUGAAGAUGUCAAUUUUCCCCAGACUAGUGAGGUUGAUGAUGUUUUUCUGGAAGGGGUUGAGAACUCUCUCCGGAAAUCAUUUCUCCUUGCUGACCUAGCUCUUGCGGAUGACUGUACUGUGAAUAGCUCCUCUGGAACAACCGCUCUUACUGCUCUGAUAUUUGGAAGGGUUCUAAUGGUGGCCAAUGCUGGUGAUUGCCGAGGAGUUCUCUGUCGAAAAGGGGAGGCAAUAGAUAUGUCGGAAGACCAUAGACCUAUUUAUCCAUCUGAACGAAGGAGAGUAGAAAAGCUGGGCGGGUUUAUUGAUGAUGGGUAUCUUAAUGGUGUUCUAUCAGUUUCCCGGGCCUUGGGGGAUUGGGACAUGAAGUUCCCCAAGGGUUCUUCUUCACCUCUCAUUGCAGAGCCUGAGUUCCGACGGGUGGUUCUGACAGAGGAUGAUGAGUUCCUUAUCAUUGGGUGUGACGGGAUUUGGGAUGUUAUGUCAAGUCAGCAUGCAGUUAGCCUAGUUCACAGAGGGUUGCAGCGGCAUGAUGACCCUGAGCAGUGUGCUAGAGACCUUGUCAUGGAGGCCUUACGUCGAAACACAUUUGAUAAUCUCACAGUGAUCGUUGUAUGCUUCUCUGCACCUGAUCACCAGGAGCAAACAUCUCCUCGGCAAAGAAGAUUGAGGUGUUGUAGCCUGUCUGCAGAUGCCCUGUGUAGCUUGAGGAGUUUCUUAGAUGGCAUUUCCAAUCGGUGAAUGUAAAUAAAAAUUUAAAUUAUACUCUUUGGUUUUUUCUUUUUGUGCCACAAUAGUACUCUUGUUCAUUAGGGGAUAUUAUGCUGUUUCUGGCUAUUUCAAUUAGAGCUACAAAAAGCAGCUUGAAGUUUUGCAGGGAUUGGUUUUGGUAUAUUUAUGGCGGAUUCUGGUUGGAUGUACAUCGAGGAUGGUGGUGUAGAGAUGGUCCAAUUUAUGAGUCUGCUCAAGUCAUUUGUGGAUUCUUUUACUCAAAAUCCAGGGUGGCUGCCCUUGUGAAUUCAUUGUUCAUUUGCGAGGUGUACGUUCAUAUAUUGUCAAUAAAGUUCAAAGUUUUCAGUAC